AUGCGUACGCCAUGCGUUGUGCUUUAUGUCUUCAGCCUCUUUCUCUGGGGAAAUGCUGAGAGAGUGGUCGACGGCGACCGCGCCAUCGCUGCUGCUCCAAAAUCAACGAUACUCCCCAACGCCACGUCCAGCUCGCCAAGACUUGGGCCGCCCAACCGCCCGGCUAAGGAUACGACCGCGUCAGAUGCCAAUCAAAGUCUAAAGCUGGGCGCUACGGUGGUGGAACGGGCUAAGGACCACAAACCCCAGAACAACGAGGAGAGGAGAAUACUGGAUUGGGUACCAACUGUGCUCGUCGACAUCGUUACGAAGAUGUGGAAUGGCCGUAGACCGAGCCGUUUAACAGGCGCGGAAGGUCUUGGCAUCAAUGCGGAGUCCACGUCUUCUUUAGUGCUCAAUGACUUGCCGGGGUAUGCCCGCCAGCAUCCAACUUCGAAUCUGGAAAGGCAAUACCUGUUGUUUCCGGAGAUUAAACAUAGGAUUAGAUUUGCAAAGCAGCUCUAUUUGCUCGACACCGUCGAUGGUGGAGCCUUGAAAAAACAGGUUGCAUGGGUGCUAAACAAACUUGCCGAAGAUCUUGCACAUUACGAGGACGCUAUGAUCAACACGUGGGUACUUCCGAAGCGGGGCCCCAAAAGACUUGCUCAAAAGUUGGCGAUCGAGCACACGAAGUCGCUUUCAGGAGUUCAACAAUCUGCGAUUGAGUGGCUUAAGUACAUCAACCUAUCGACCCGCCACAAGGCCUUGCGAAGUCGUGCAAUUUCCGCUGACGAAGCGUGGGACAUUUUAUUUCGGAAGAUGCAAACACACGAGAUUGGCGAGUUUCUUCGCAGCGCCGAAGCACAAGCACCGGUCCUAAACGAACUCAUCGGCCAACUGAAGACAAUCACUAGGCAAAAAAAACGCGAUGGUUUGGUCGCAUAA